UUUUUUUUUUUAUUAGGUAAAAGAAUGUAUGGCAGCACAGGUGGACUCGGGAAGAUGUAACUAGUCGGAGUAUCGGGGAGAAAUUAUGGAGGCCUCUUUUCUGCGUUGGUUGCUUUUUGUCGCACUGCCAGCCUGGACAUUUGGAGACGAUGGCCAGCUGACCUUUGUAUCUGAGCUGUCCUCCAAACCUGCUCAGAAGUUGUCAAAGUACAGCUGGUAUGCCAACGUCAGACUGCAGAGGUUCCACAUACCGGAGGACACCGCCGUCGCUCGCUGGCUCUUCUCUGUGAAAAAGGGCCACAGUUUCCACUGCGGACAGCACAACAUCAGCAUCCAUAUCCGAUGGGGAGCCCCUCCUGUCAUAAACCCAACACAGACUGUGUUUCCAAAUGCAACACUUUGGGGCCCCUCUUUUUCUCUCACACUACCGGUGACCUCCCAGAGCUCCACCACGUUUAACCUCUCCCACCCGGCUCCAGGGAAUUGGUUCGUUGCUGCUCAUUUACCAGAGGAUGAUGGCCGCAUAGAGCAGAAGGGUUUCCCAUCCUGCUCUUAUUACUUCCAGCCACUGCUGUCGGUCAGGAGAGCCGUGGACACGCCGGUGUUACAGCAGGGAACCUUCCUGACACAGACCGCAGCACCUGACAGACCUGCACGCCUUAAGAUGUUCGUGCCGGAGUUUACCUCGUCUCUUUCGGUUUCUGUGGCCGAGUGCUCGUCAGGGGAGGCGGAGGAGAGCAGCAGCUGCCAGCUGCUCCUCAGACUGGGCUCUGCAUCGAUGCGGCACAGCCAGACGGCGGUGAACUGCUCAGGGAGCCGCUGCUCCGCCUCCCUCUCCAACCCUCCGUGGGACACCUGGUUACGCAUUGUGGUGGAGAGCAGCCAAAUCAACCAAACCAUAACCUUUAAGAUUGUGUCCAACUACACAGUGGGAUGUAAGCCUGCCAGCGUAGGCCUUAAAGCAGACGAUGACCUCACAAAGCUCCUCGGUAGGAGCAGCGUCUCCAACGUGACGUCAACAGGCAACAGCUCAGGCGCCUCCAACGCAUCAUCAGCGCUUCCACCGGAGCUGCCCGCGUCCGGCUGCGUGUGGAGCGUCCCUGUGCUCUACGAGGAGCUGGACGUUCUGUCUCUCCGUUUCACCCCCGUCAACGGGUCGAACAUCAGCAUCACGGACGCGUACCCGGCGCUGCUCACGUACCCUCUGCCCGCACAGGCCACGGGGGGCACACUCAACCUGCAGCUCACGCUCAACUCUACAAAUGCAACGUUGGGGAAUAACAGCAUCGUUGGCUGUUUUUCUCCCUGGGCUCCUGUCCUCGAACUCAACCACUCUGAACCUUGCCGUACAGCUUUGUUUGGAGGAUAUGGUGUUAGCAUCAACGUCAGUGACCCUAAAGCUGCAGUCAGGCUGCCUUUCCCUCAGUCCACAACAUGGUACCUCACCCUGCAGCUCGUAUGCAACAGCAGUGACUGUGGGAACUCGUUUGUGGUGUCUGUGGUGCCAGAAGUGUCUGUCAGUGCCUGUGUGGAGGAUUGUGGGCCGUAUGGUGAAUGUAGGCUGCUGAGAUCCUACACCUACUUGUAUGCUGCCUGUGUCUGCAGCGCAGGUUGGAAAGGUUGGGGCUGCACCGACGGCUCCACGGCCCAGUCAUACAGCCGCCAGCUGACAGCAACCAUGUUGCUCACACUCAGCAAUCUGUUCUUCCUGCCCGCCGUCGUGGUUGCCAUCAGACGCGCCUACAUCACUGAGGCCUCGGUCUACAUCUUCACCAUGUUCUUCUCCACGUUCUACCACGCCUGUGACCAGCCCGGUGUGGCGGUUCUGUGCAUCAUGGACUAUGAUGCCCUGCAGUACUGCGACUUCCUCGGGUCGAUCUGCUCCAUCUGGGUCACCAUCCUCUGCAUGGCUCGCCUGGGAGACGUAGCUAAAUAUACCCUGUUUUUACUCGGAGCCUUGCUGAUUGCCAUGUCGAUGCAACUGGACCGGAAGGGCUUGUGGAACCUGCUGGGCCCCAUCCUUUGCGCCAUACUUUUCAUGGUCACUUCCUGGGUGUACCGGGGGGUCCGCCGGAAACACUGCUACCCGCCCUCAUGGCAGCGCUGGGUCUUUUACCUGAUCCCCGGUGCACUCUGUGCUCUCAUCGGCGUGUGCCUGUACAUCUUUGCAGAGACUGAGAGCAACUACUACUACACGCACUCGCUGUGGCACAUCCUGGUGGCCAGCUGCGUGGUGUUCCUGCUGCCACCAAAGGAGAAGGACAGGAAGGCUCUGGGCUGGAGCCAGGGCUUCAGCUGGAGGUGGAGCUGGAGACCUCGGGUUUGUGGAUACACGCUCUGUGAGAGCAGCAAAGAUGAACUUUAUACCGUCACAUAGCAGCAGAAGGAGGAGGAGGAGAAGGACAGGCUGGUGAUUUGAUUUUCAAACCUGGGAAACAUUUGAGCAGCAGAUAGCUACGGCCCUUUUGGCAAAGAUCUGGUUUUAGAGUCUCUGUAGUUAAUAAUGACCUGAAUGAGGCAUUUUCUUAAUACAGCUAGAUAAUUGUAUUCUCAAAGGUCCACUUAUAUUUCAUACUUAAAUGCUCAUCAAAUGGAACAGUGCUGUUAGAGUUUAAAAAGAUCUGCUCCUGUAUGUUCCUCUCAACCCAACCAAUCAGGUGCAGCCUUUUAAAGAAUAAAUACACUGAGAUUAUUUGAAACUUUGAUCUGCUAGUAUAGAUGAUUCCACUUACUGCUUAAGAGCUAUAUUUACCAAAUACUGCUAAGAAUUUGGAUUUACUAUCUUAUAACAAAAGUGCUCUUUUGGAUCGACUUAAAUAUCAGCACAAUUAGUCUAUUAUAUCUGCAGCAUUCUAUAAUUCUGAUAAUUUAAAACCCAGAAACCUCAGAAAAUAUCCCAAAUGCUGCUAAUAUUUCCAGAUGUCAUAUAGGAGACGGAGGCUCCUCUUUCCUUAUAAUAUUGGGUCUCAAAAGGACCAAAACAGAAAAAGUAAGAAAUCCUUUAAAAUCACACAUGGAAACCAUGGCAACAACCCACUGGAUAGAAAUCCUGCUUGCAGCCCGUCGGUCAUAUGUUAAACUAACCUGUUAGGAUGCUCUAAAAGCUUCUCCUUUGACAAUUAAACAGUCUGAUUUAACAGUUUGCAGCACUUUUCAAACAGCCUCUUGAAAUGCUUCCUCAGAAAAUGUUUUUAGCAUCUUACUGGUGCUAAAAAAGACAACCUUGAAUCUUCCUCAGUAACAAAUUUCAAAUAGAAAUCAUUGUUUUCUGCACCGCCUGUUAGCAUCUCUGUGCAUUCACUGGGAACAUGUGGAUAUUUUAGGUUUAAGCUCAAAGUUGCUGGUCGUUUCUACUUUGAAUUAGUUUUUGCUUGUUUCCGUUUCUUUAACAUAGAUCUGUGUGUUCUGCUUGUAGCAUUGGGACAUACAGGUAGCUGACAAAUACAGGUGUGUACUACAAGGCAGGAUUAAGAGCUUAACAUAGGUGUUAAAUGUUAAGAAAGAGUUUUUCCAUUUAAAGAGGUGGAUGUUUGAAAUGCUUGCUUGAUCACCUUGGUAACAUUAGUUUUCCCAUAAGUAUAACCAACAUUAAUAAAUUUAUAUUGAGAGCUUUCAAUA